AUGAAAACAGUUCGAUUCAACAAGCAGGCGCUUGCCGUCGUCGCCGCCUGUUUCAUUUUCCUUCUUUGCAUCGUCUCCUACUUCUCAACAACGUCUUCAGAAGCACACAAUACUGUAGUUGUUGGUGAUCGACCACGUGGAGGAGGACGUCUGGCUGUUCGUGAUGUAGCAAACCGACAUAUUGCAGAGCAGAAAGAGCCAGAGAUAGCACGUGUGAUCCAUUCGAAAUCAGUUGGAGAAGUAGAAAGGGUGGUUAGCCAAGAAAAGAUUGAGAAGUUGAGACCAGCGAGAGUUGAUCCGAAACCACAAGUUGAGAAAGUGGAAGAGAAGACAAGUACAGAAGAGACUGGAGUUGGAAAAGCACCAAUUCAAUCUUCAGAAGGACUUGAGAAGUUGAUUGGAAAGAUUCAUUAUGAGGAUAAGGAUGAGGAAAAUGAUCUCCGUCGUCAAAAAGUGAAAGAAAUGAUGAUUCACGCGUGGCAAGGAUAUAAGAACUAUUCAUGGGGAGCCAAUGAGUUGAAACCAGUGGCCAAGACACCGAACUCACAGAAUAUAUUCGGAGGAAGUCAGAUGCCAGCAACGAUUGUUGAUGCAGCUGACACUUUGUAUAUUAUGGAUUUGAAAGAACAAUACAAAGAGGCCAGAGAUUAUAUUGAGAAGAACUUCUCGAUGGCUAAAUCAACAUCAACUCUUUCGGUUUUCGAAACAACAAUCAGAUUCCUUGGAGGACUUCUCUCAUUGUAUGCACUGACACAGGAACCAUUUUAUAUAGAGAAGGCACGAGAGGUCGGAGAAGCUCUUCUACCUGCAUUCAACACACCGUCUGGAAUUCCAAAAAGUAAUUUGGAUGUUGCUUCGAAACACGCGAGUAACUAUGGAUGGGCGAAUGGAGGACAAUCGAUUCUAUCGGAAGUUGGAAGUCUUCAUCUUGAAUUUCUUUACCUCAGUCGGAUUGCUCAAGCUCCAAUCUUCGAGAAGAAGGUGAAGAAAGUGAGAGAUGCACUCGAGAAGGCAGAGAAACCAAAUGGAUUGUACUCGAAUUAUAUUAGUCCGGAUACUGGAAGAUUCACUGGAAGUCAUAUGUCACUUGGAGCAUUAGGAGAUUCAUUUUAUGAGUAUUUGAUCAAGAGUUAUGUUCAAUCGAAUUACACGGAUAGGCAGGCGAAGAAUAUGUAUUGGGAUGUCAGUGAUGCUAUUCAGAAACACAUGAUCAAGGUGUCGAAACAAUCGAAAUUGACCUACACUGUUGAGUUGAAUAACAUGCAGCCUCAACAUAAAAUGGGACAUCUCGCAUGUUUCGUUCCUGGAAUGUUCGCUCUUCAAGCAAUCAAUGAAGACACCGAAGAAGAGAAAUCAAGAAUCAUGACGUUGGCAGAGGAACUGGCUAAAACUUGUCAUGAGAGCUACAUUCGCACUGAAACUCAUAUUGGUCCGGAGAUGUUUUAUUUCAAUGAUAACGAUGAAGCAACGAGUAAACACUCGGAGAAUGGAUAUAUUCAGAGACCAGAAGUCAUUGAAGGAUGGUUUUAUUUAUGGAGAUUAACCGGAAAGACAAUGUACAGAGAUUGGGUUUGGGAUGCAGUGCAAGCAGUUGAGAAGUACUGUAGAGUUGACAGUGGAUUCACUGGACUACAGAAUGUAUACAAUCCUAAAUCUGGUCGUGAUGAUGUGAUGCAAUCGUUCUUCCUUGCUGAAUUCCUGAAGUAUGCCUACUUGACAUUCGCUGAUGAUUCACUGAUAUCUCUUGAAAAAUGGGUUUUCAACACGGAAGCUCACCCGGUUCCUAUUCUCAGUCAUUAA